AUGUUGAGAUUCACCUCCAGGAGAUGCCUAUCUUCUUUCCAAGUUGCUGAUGAGAAGCUUGGAGAGCUUUACAAGUAUCAUGCCACCAGUGCAGCUCUUAAACCUUUGAUAUACCGGCCCAAGAAUGCGAAUAUUUUACUUGCCAAGGACCUUAAAGAUCCUGAAACAAAUGCGCCAUUAAAACCUAGGCCACCCUUGAAGCCAUUGAGCAGAUCUGUUUUGAACACAUAUAUUUGGAAAUCCCAGGAUGCGACUCAAUUAAUUAGUUUGCUCAAGAAAUGGACAUCUAUUACCACCAGAAAGCGUGGUUUGUGGGGCUUUUUCACUGCAGACCAUGUGCAAAACAUUUUGAUAGCAUCCAUGUUUAAGCUUGGGAAAUUUUCUUACUUUGUGAAGGAACUCUACGACUUGAAACCUCGGUUCAUCGAAGCAAAGAACGACGGUAUUUACGAUGUAGAACAUUUCUUCAACAGCAUGGUAAUGUGCCAAAUACACAGAAAUGCCCUCGGGAACUUCCAAGAUGCUGCAAUCGCUAAUAAAAAGCUAAUUAACGCUUGGAAUCAUGUGAGCGUGCGGGAGAACAAGUCUGGCUUAGCUAAUCUGCUUGUCAAGGCGCUGCAGAAGCAGCAGGGUAUAGACAACGUUCAGUUGGAGGGUUUUCCUUCUGCCGAUUUGCAACUCCCACCUCUAGUGGAGGAGGCUAGGAGUCAAGGUAAAUUGGCAGCAUAUUUAUCCAAAAAUCGUUUCACAUAUCUGAUGGCAAGAACCGUACUCGAGUUUGGUGAGUCAAAUUCUGAAAUACUUGCUUUUGUUGAAAAGUACAAGUCUAUCAGUUCGAAAUUACAACGACCAGAUGUUUACGAGGAAUAUGUCUCUAAUGCCAAACAGUUGCUCAAUAAGCCAAUCGCUUCAGCGAACGUGGAACCUCAUCCGGAAGCCGAGAGCAGCUGA